AUGAUCAGUUCAAAACAAAACGCGCCACGCGUGGGUUUCGCAUUUCAAGUCGAUGAAAGAAAACUGUUCAAUUUGGAAUCAUUUCCUUCAUUUCCCGGAACCAUGAAUCGUCCGGCGCGUUCCGAUUUCGGUCGCAUCUGCAGGUUGUGUUUAAACGUGUCCAACUUGGUAAAUAUCUUCGAUCGGCACCCGAAAACGCAAAAGGAAACGCUCAGUGUUUUGGUGCGAGAGACGACGGAAAUGCUGGGACUGGAGAUUCACCAAGACGAUGAUUUUCCAAAAAAGAUUUGCAUUCCGUGCAAAGAUUUCUUGAGACAGCUUUACAAGUUUCGUAACCAAUGUCGUGAAGCAAAUGAUCUUCUUGUUGAGGCAACGUGUUAUGAGCAGGAUGCUUCUACAUCACCAGUACCGGAAAUCGAAGCAACGGAAACGAAUGAUGUCCCAGAUGCACAUUCAAAACCAAAGUCAACGGAAAGUCGAAACCCUAGCCCUGCCUUUAUUGUAGAGAGUAUUUAUAGACUGAAUUCCAUUGACCUUGCCCGAAAUGAGGUUCAAGUGCAGGAAGUUGUCAUACCUGAUUCUGUUUCACAAUCGACUGUUAUAUCUUUGGAGGAUAACGUAUCUUCAGAAGCCGAUUCGAGCAGUGCUUCGUAUCGCAGAAAACUGCCAGUAAAAUCAGAAUCUGAAACUGCUAAUGAACAUUAUACUGUUGAAUAUCUGGAUGCGGAACCAGAUAUCGAACAAGAAGUUGAAACAAAUGACGAUGAAACUCAUGAUGAAAUAAUAGAUGAUAACCAGGAGAUAGACUUGGCCACUGAACAGGUAGACUACAACGAACAAAUGGAGAUUCAAAUGGUUGCCGAAAACGCUUCGGAUUCUCAGCAGGGAGUUGAAGGUGAAGACUUGACUGAAAGAGGUGAACCAAAGCCACAGCCAAGCAGUAGUAGAUUGGAAGAGUGCAAACUGUGUGGUAAACAAGUUAGUAAUCUGAAACAGCACACGAUGAGCCACACCGGUGAAAGACCGUACGCUUGUGAUCGUUGCGAUAAAGCAUUUAGCACUGUCACGAAGCUGAACAUUCACAUCAGCGGGGUCCACUUAAAGCAGCGAAAAUAUACCUGUGACAUCUGUGCUAAAUCAUUCCUGGACUCUGGGAAUUUGCGAAAUCACAAGGUGACCCACGGAGGUGAGCGGAAGUACGUUUGCGAUUUUGAAGGAUGCGGCAAGGGCUUUGCCCUCCCCGGAACGCUGAGAGUCCAUCAGAAGCUACAUACCCAAGACAAGGAAUUUUCGUGUGAAUUUUGUUCUAAAAUGUUUUUGUACAAAUGGGCGCUGGUGAAACACUUACGGGUGCACACGGGAGAAAAACCUUACGAAUGCAAUAUUUGUCAGCGGAGAUUUGCCACUACCACACAUAUGCAUACUCACAAGAAAAUACACUUCCGCAAUCGGGGGUCAGCUGCUAAUCAAGAUGUUGAAACACGAACCAUAAAAUAUGAAAGUAGCUGAAACUAAGAUUUAGUUAAGUGAGAGACAUUUUGUCCUAAUCGAAUUUCAUAACGUAAAAGCAUGUUAAAGGGAAAAUUAUAAGCAGAUUCGAAUAAAAAAAUCCGAGAUAAAUCUUCGAGGCAAAGUUA